GUCGCGGUGGUUGCGUUGAGCGACACGUUGACUUUUCACCAUUUGCCUAGCUGUAAUUAAUUCAAAAAACACUGGAAAAUUAUUAACACUCUGUUGGCGGCAUGCUGUGCUUUAAAUAAAACCCUUUCUCAUCGUAUAGUGAAGGGAAUGUCGGGAGCUACUCGCGAGAUUGUGUAACCUGCGGUGUAGUAUUUUUUAUUUUGGAGUUUUAUGAUACCAUAGCUUUGCUUCAGAACCAUCAAGAUGCGAAUUGUGCAGCUGAGAAGGAACCGAAUGUUCCACUUGCUACUUCUAGUAGUGACAUGUUUGCUUUUUCUUUUUUAUAUGUUUGGUAUGCCACAUGGGAGCGUUGAAAAAUAUUGGCCUAAAAGCUUAAAGAGUCAUAUGAAUUUGAAGCCUAUAAUGGUGAGUGAUUUAGGAAACUUUGAGCCUAAAAUAGUAUAUAAGAAUGGUCCGGGUGAAGGCGGUAAAGCACACAUAUUAAGAGACGAUCAACAAAAUGAUGUUCAAGAAUCUGAAUCGAAUUAUGGUAUGAAUAUUGUGUGUUCAGAUGAAAUAUCAUUAGACAGGAAUAUACCAGAUGUGCGACCACAAGAGUGUAAACAUUGGCAAUAUCCUGAAGACUUACCUAAAACAAGUGUUAUAAUAGUUUUUCACAAUGAGGGUUGGUCAGUUUUAAUGAGGACUGUUCACAGUGUUAUUAAUAGAACACCACCGCAGUUCCUCCAAGAAGUUCUCCUAGUGGAUGAUUUCUCUGAUAAAGAAAAUCUGAAAGGAGAUUUGGAAUCAUACAUUGAGCACUGGGGAGGAAAAGUUAGACUGUUGAGAAAUAAUGAAAGAGAAGGACUAAUUCGUACAAGAUCUAGAGGGGCUAGAGAAGCCAAAGGUGAAGUUAUUGUCUUUUUAGAUGCUCAUUGUGAAGUCAAUAUUAAUUGGCUUCCACCACUUCUUGCUCCAAUAGCUGAAAACAGUAACGUUAUGACAGUUCCUAUAAUUGAUGGAAUUGAUCACAAAACUUUUGAAUAUAGAACGGUAUACCAAGAAGGUCAUCUCUAUCGAGGGAUAUUUGAAUGGGGCAUGCUUUAUAAAGAAAACGAGUUACCACUUAGAGAAGCAAAAACUAGAAAAUUUAAUAGUGAACCAUACAGAUCACCAACUCAUGCAGGAGGUCUUUUUGCCAUAAAUCGUGAAUACUUUUUAUCUCUUGGAGGAUACGAUGAAGGAUUAUUAGUUUGGGGUGGUGAAAACUUUGAACUAUCGUUUAAAAUUUGGCAGUGUGGCGGUAGUAUUCUUUGGGUGCCAUGUUCUCACGUUGGUCAUGUUUACCGAGGAUUCAUGCCGUAUAACUUUGGCAAGCUUGGCCAGAAGAAAAAGGGACCACUAAUUACCAUUAAUUACAAACGCGUCAUUGAAACUUGGUUUGACGAUAAACAUAAAGAAUUUUUCUAUGCAAGGGAACCUCUUGCAAGGUUACUUGAUCAUGGAGACAUUACUGAGCAGUUAGAAUUUAAAAGAAGAAAACACUGCAAGAGUUUCCAAUGGUUCAUGGAUAAUGUUGCUUAUGAUGUACAAGAUAAAUUUCCCGAAUUGCCUCCAAAUAUUCAUUGGGGAGAGCUGCGAAAUGCAGCUACUAGUUUGUGCCUUGAUACCAUGGGACAUUCGCCACCGAAUCUAAUGUCCAUAUCUCACUGUCACGGAUUUGGAAACAACCAACUAAUGAGAUUAAAUGCUAAGGGACAGCUCGGAGUUGGUGAAAGAUGUGUUGAGGCUGAUGGCCAAGGUGUCAAAUUAGCAUUUUGCAGAAUGGGAACUGUAGAUGGACCUUGGCAAUAUGAUGAGAAAUCGAAGACGUUAUUACAUCGUGUGCACAAAAAGUGCAUAGCUGUUCAUCCUCAGACUCAUCACUUAUCGCUUAUGCCAUGCGAUAUGAACAACGCAUACCAUCAAUGGAACUUCCGUCAAACUAGUCCUCGAUGGUGAAACGAACCGAAUCCGUGACUUAUUAAUUUUUAUACCGAAUAAACAUUAUUAACAAAGAUUUUUUGGGUUAAAAGCAUAAGAAAGUUCCCAUGUGAGAUUUUAAGACUCAUUUUAUAAAAACUAAUCGAAACAAUAAUAUAAAACAUGUCUAAUUGUCAAGUUAGAUAACACGAACUAUUAAGUAAAGAAUAACGUUAUUCAAUUGAGAUUCCUGUUCGAUAAUUUAAUUAUUGCCAACAGAAGAGCAAUUAGAUUUUUAAUAUACGAUUAUGAAUAUAUAAUACCAUGUGGAAUUGUAUAAUAAGUUAAUUAAAGAAGGCAAUGAAGGUAAAUUUUCAAUGUAUGAUUUAGAAUCGUAAAUGAUGAUGUAAAAUGGGAUUAGUAAAUUUAACUUUUAAAAAAGGAUAAGAAAGUGAAAAAUUUAUAUUUUCCAAGAACUUAUAGCUACAGAAACUUAUGAAAUUGUAGAUGCGCGGCAAAUUCAAACACGGAGAAAUGUUUUUACAUUUGCUAGCAUUCCAAUUAUAUUUUAUAUAUCCUAUGACUGAGAUAAGCUUUUGAAAACAUUAGAUAGUAACGUAAUAUUUACGUCAACAAAACAAUUUUUGUAUGAAUUUGAAUACCCAACUUAAACAUCAAAUUUCUUUAGCACACACUAGGUAGGUAAAUAUUUCAUCAUGAGAACGAAGAUAAAGGUUUAGUCGCUAAGCAUCUAUUUUCGUACUCACGUUAAAAUAAAAAAAAAAUGAUGUACUUAAUGUGACUAUCAUUGAAAUUGUAAUUGUGUUAUAAUUUAUAUAUGAAGAAACUUUACGCUCUUUAUUUCAACACAAAUGUGUUCGAAAAAGUUGAUUAAUCAUGUUAAAAAGAAAUUUAUUACGUUAUUAUGAGAAU